AUGGGACAGCGACAAAUCUCCACCACCACCACCAUCAGAAAUCAGACCACCACCGAGAAAAACCACCAGCAUCUGAAGCUUUCUCCACCAUCCUUGAAUUUGAAACCCACCUCCACCAGAAUCUUCAUCCAAGUCCACCAGCCUCAAGUGAAAUCUCCACCACCAGCACCAUCAGAAAUCCCCUCCACCACCUGGGAAAACCACCAUCAACUGAAACCCACCUCCACCACCCUUUAUCUGAAUUCCAUCUCCACUUGCGUCAUUCAGCGAAAUCUCCACCACAAUUACCAUCCGAAAUCAACUCCACCACCAUCUGAAACCCACCUCCACCACCCUUCAUCUGAAAGCCCCAACCAGUAG